AUGUAUUUCAAGUUUAUCAUUUGCUUUAUAUUAUUUGUUGCAAUUACUUGUAAUUCACUUGAUGAUUGGCAGAAAUUUAAACAUGAUUAUAAUAAACAAUAUAAAACUGUUGAAGAAGAAGCCGAACGUAAACAAAUCUUUUUAAGAAAUAUGGAAAAUAUGAAAGAAUAUCAAAGAACUCAUCCAGAUGCAACAUUCACUAUGAAAAUUAAUCAUUUAACUGAUCGACGUUCCAAAGAAUUAGUGACUGGCUCAAAAUUCUUUUCCAAUAUUCAUUCUGAAAAAAAUCAAAAAUCAAUUCAAAUCGAAUCAAAUGUACCAACAUCAUUAGAUUGGCGUGAUAAAGGGGUAAUUACAGGGGUAUAUGAUCAAGGACAAAUGGGAACAGCUAGCGCGAUUGCUGCUGUUGAAGUUAUUGAAAGUUAUCAUGCUAUUCGAACAAAAAAUCUUGUGAAAGGUAGUAUUAGUCAAGUUAUUAAUUGUUGUCCAGAAGAUACCAACAUUUUUGAUUGUAUAUUAACGAAAUUGGGUGGUAGUAUAUGUGGAGCAACUUUCUACAAUUCAUCAAGCGCUGCAUGUGAUCGAGACGCUUGUCAACCAGUUGCUGCAUUUAAUAAAAUAAACAGAUUCGAACCAGCUAAUGAAGAUACAAUGUUAACAAUUAUUCAAGAGUCUCCACUUUAUAUUGGUAUUGAUGCUAGUCAAAUAGGAUUUGAAAUGUAUACCCAAGGUGUUUAUCGCGAUAAGGGUUGUUCACAAACAACGAUUGAUCAUACGCUGCAACUUAUUGGUUAUGGUGAAAGUUCUGGUAUUCCUUAUUGGUUAUGUAAAAAUAGUUGGGGUACUAACUGGGGUGAUAGAGGUUAUAUACGUAUCGAACGUGGUGUAAAUACGUGUGGUAUUGCAAAUAUUGUCGAACAAGUCGAAUAUAUAGAUGUAACAGAUGUAACAGACGUAACAGACGUAACAGAUACAACAGAUGUAACUGGUGAUGCCGUCCGACAAUUUACUUUCAAUGGUCUAUCUUUAGCACUUUUUUGUUUUGUUUUACAUCUUUUUUCAAAUUUAUAA